CUUGCCGUUCAAAUCCUCGACAAAUUCUCCGUAAAUAAGAACAAAUAGCGGCUUACUAUGAAGUGUUUGACAAUAAUUUAUUGUUUAUUAGUUUUUCACARUGUUUUAGUAUUAUCUAAAGGUAUUUCUGUUGCUAGUUGUGAACCUAUUUCAGCUGAGAAUCGAAAAUGCUUAGGCGAGCUUCUUCCGUACCACUUUACAUCAACAAUCCUCGCWGAAGACUCAACAAAUCAACAGGAAAUUCAAAAGAAUUUAAAACUAUGGGAAGGACUACGAUUUCURCCAAAGUGCUGGUCUGUUUUACAGCCUCUUCUUUGUCAGAUUUAUGUUCCUAAGUGUGAAAAUUCGUCCGUCACUCCACCAUGUCGAGAACAGUGUCUAGCUACUCGUAAACCUUGUUCUGUUGUGGAACGCUACAAGGAAUGGCCGGAGUUUCUAACGUGUGAAAGAUUCCCGCCAGGACGUUGUAACGGAACRAUCGAAAGACUGCAAUUAAAUGGUUCAGCUUGUCGAUCGCCGUUGGUGGAGACGGACCAUACACCCAGCUGGUACGAGGGUAUAGAGGGCUGUGGCAUUCAGUGCAGAAACCCUAUAUUCAGCCAGGAAGAACACACUAGGAUUCAUCGAUUUGUUGCAGCGUUUGGUGCACUUACAACCUUUUGUACUAUGUUUACCAUUGUAACAUUCUUAAUCGACUGGAAAUCGCAAUGUCGUUACCCAAGUGUUAUCCUUUUCUACAUGAACAGUUGUUUCUGUGUUGCGUCCGUUGGUUUUCUGAUUCAGUUCUGCGAUGGUGCGAGAGAUAAAGUUGUCUGUAGAAGCGAUGAUACCAUGAGACUGGGUGAACCAAGCGARCCAGACUGCUUUGCGUGUGUGCUAACCUUCGUUCUGGUCUAUUAUUUCUCGAUGGCUGGUAUCAUAUGGUUUGUCGUGUUGGCUUAUGCCUGGUGUAUUUGUUUUAAAACACUCGGUAGUACAAGAGACAACUUUACAGGAAAAACAUUUUACUUUCAUGGCAUCUCAUGGUCGCUGCCUGCAGUUCUUACUGGAUGUGCAUUGAUGUUAAAAAAGGUGGAUGCUAAUUCGAUCAGCGGUAUCUGUUUCGUGGGAUACGAGGAYGCCAAUAUGCGUGCAUUGUUUUUGCUUGGGCCGCUCGGUCUUAACCUCUUCAUCGGUGGAGUCUUUCUUGCAAAAGGCAUCGUUGCCANGUUUCGUCUUCGUAAAUCAAAUCCAAACUUACUGAAUAGUAGAGCAUCCAUUAAGAUAAAAGAAACUAUCUUACGUGUUGGAAUCUUUGCCUUCGUCGCGUUUGCAUUUGGAUUCAUUACAUUUGCAUGUCAUCUCUAUGAAUACUCCAACCUGAAAAUGUGGGAAAAAAGCUACCGAGACUAUUUAUAUUGUAUUGCUGACACAGAAGUCAAAGGAACUGUAAAUAAAUGUAAAGUUAACGAGAGACCAAACCUCAGUGUGAUAGAGCUUGGUUUGUCUUCUCUGUUCGGAGCUGGAGUCGCCAUGAGUAGCUGGAAGUGGACGUCGAAUACAUUCAGAACUUGGAAGAAACUCUGGCAUAGAAUAACGAAAGCGCAAAGGUAUCCCGAGCUCAGUCAUUACAGACUUAUUCGAAGAAUGAGAAAGAACAGGGUUGGGCCACCUGGACAAGCUGCUGUUCUCUUYAAUCACGAGCCAAGACUCACAGCUAUCAAAAGCGCUGAGGAAAAUUGGCGAMGAAGAAAAAGCAAACUAACAGCAGCGCCUUCAAUUCAGCUGGAAAGUGUUUACUCUGAGCAACAAUCAGAACAGUUUGAACCUGCGGGAUGUAACAAAGAAACUACGUCUUUAGCAGCUACAAAAAGUAAUACUUCGGAACAAAAACCAAGAACUUUAGACUCGAGUUCGUUAUAUGAUAUAACAUCAACAUAGUAUUGCUAUUUACAUUUAGAUUUCUUCACCUUGAACUCGGGAAUUGAUUGCACUUAACCGUGCAAUUGUACAAAAUCUAAGUAGUACUAAUUUGUACUAAAAGUGGACCUGAAGCAAGACGGUAUUUAAUGCUUUAUUUGAAUCAAUUCAAUUUAAUUUGUGUACCGCAUGCACGAUUUACUAAAUACAACUAAAUAGAACUAUUUAGUUUGUACAGUUGCACGGUUUAAGUGCGAUCACUCUACCUCCGACGGAACUUUUACAUCAGGAGCAUACGAAUACAUACAASUUUGAGAAUUGUUUCGUUUUAGGGUGUGUGARGUGAAUUUAAAACUAUUGGAGUCCCAAAUGUAAUUUUUGAAUUGUAAAUUAUUUUUAAUUAGUUUUACACUUGAGUGCAAACAUUAAACGUGUGCGACACUUUCCACUAUUUACUACAAAAUAGUGUUAAUUAAACAAUAGAAUUAGAAUUAGGUUGCRUGACGCCUGACCGAAACUAAACACGGCUGCGAUGAGACUACAUUAUCAGCAGUAUUUAGUUUUGUGGUAUUUAUGUUGCACAGUUUUAGUGUUUAUACUCUGUUACACAAAAAACAUAAACAUAUGCAAACAGCGACUAAAACGUACAGUAUGUAUCUAAAUCAAAAAAAAUAUGGCAUACGUUACACAAUUUUUUUUUUCAAAGGUUUAUAAAAUCAGUGAAUACAUAACUUGUGGAUUAAUGUAGUAAAGCUGUGUGUAUCUGA